CAUGCCGGCCAGUCAGCUGUUGCUUUUGUUUUAUUUUUUGCUUUAAAUAUAAUCUAAUAAUAAUUUUAAAGCGUUUUGCCUCAAAAACGCUCAAAUCUACUUUUAACAAGAUGUCUACACCGCAGGAGCAACAAACAGAUGAGCUUGAAGCGCUGGAAUCUAUAUACGAGGGCGACAAUAAUUUUAAACAAAUUGAUGCAACAACUUUCCAAUACAAAUAUGGUGAAGAGGACAGCUACAAGUCUUUCUUAGUCGAAUUAAAAUGGGGUGAAAAUUAUCCAGAUGAGGCGCCCACGAUUAAUAUGAAUGCCUUCUACAAUCGCAAUUUACUGCCUGCUGUCAAGGAGGAAAUACAAGCUGCACUUGUCACUGAGGCCUCACAGUGGAUAGGUUGUGGCAUGACUUAUACACUCUUCGAAUGCCUUAAGGAUAAUCUGGAAACACUCACUGCCGGCCAACCUGACAGCGCACCAGCUGUGGUCGCUGUAGACGAAGGCGUGGGCGCGCUCAAAAUAUCCGACCCCGAUGCAGAUGCCAAGAAAAAGGAGCCCAAGAAGGAGCAGCUCACUAAAGCGCAAAAGCGUCGACAAUGGGAGCGCACAGAUCACAAAGGCGAGCGUGCACGUGGCUGGGAUUGGGUGGAUAUAGUUAAACAUUUAUCGCAAACUGGCAGCAAAGAUGAUGCCACAAGUGCUAGCGACAACGCGAGUGCUUCCUUGCCCGAACUGCAGCCUUUAAAUAGCUAACUUAGUUUACAAUCAAAUAUAUUGUAGUCUCAAUCAAAAGUCAAAUUUUGUGUUCAUUAAAGCUGUUCAAUUUACGCAUGUUGAAAGAUUGUUGCUUAAGACUCUGUAAUAAAGCUACAAUGCUCUCAUAGUUUACUUAAAUAAGA